AUGAAUGCCGAUGUCGAUGCGAUCGAUAUUGAUGAUGACGAUGACGACGAUGCUGGCAUAUUCAGCAUCUCCAAUGACCGCCAAAGUGAGGACGAUGAUACCCUCACUGGUGAAGACACUGUUCUUUCAGCAGUGCACACGAAGCGCACUGCUGUUGACAAGGGUGAAUCAGGAGAGGAAUUUUUGCUAAAUCGCGAAGCGGUUGUCCGCUUCGUUCAAGACUCUAUUGCAGAUGCACUAGACAGACAGAAGAGAAACGCAGACAAACAUGGAAGAGCAAAUGUUCUUUCAUUUGAUGAAGGAGACCUAGUUUUACUGUCUACAGUAAACCUACCGGAACACGCAGUGACAAACGUGUGCAGCAGUAAAUUACUUCCCAAGUGUAUCGGUCCAUUUCUUGUGUUGCGACAGAUGGGCAACGCUAACACGAUUGAACUGCCCCGUAAGAUGCGCACGCAUCCUACGUUCUACGUCGGUCUUCUCCGCCCUUACUAUCGGUACGAGCCCGUUUCGAGAUGCGAAGAAGAUCUCCGCGGUCGAGAGCCGAGACCACCUUCGAGUGGUCCCCUUUAA